AUGCAACGGCAGUGGCACUGGCGCAAGUCGCGCGUGACCCGCGUGACGUUUCGCGGCCAGCGCGUGCACGUGAAGAGGGACGACGAGCUCCACUUGGCAGGGAACAAGAUGCGCAAGCUGUUGUACCUCGUCAAGCAGCGCGACGCUUUCUUCGCUCACACGCACUUGUUCAGCUUUGGCGGGUCGCAAAGCAACGCCAUGUUGGCGCUGGCUCAACUGGCCCAUGCGCGACGCGUUCCUUUCACUUACUUUAGUCGAGACAUGAGGCUCAAAGCGGAUGCGGCCGAUACGCUGGGAGGUAAUCUGUUGAUGGCCAAGGCGCUGGGGAUGCACCACGUGCAGCUUGAUGCAGACGCGUACCAGCGUCUGGCGCGAACUCGCGAUUUUGCUGCGUUUCUGGACACGGACGUGCGUCCACCAUCGGGCACGAGGAGUCUCUUUGUGCCUCAAGGAGCGGCGUUUCCCGAAGCUCAAGACGGUGUGAAGCUGCUCGCAGAUGAGAUCAACGAGUACGUUCAGACGCAGUGGCCGGACAAGUACUUCUCGGUCGUACUGCCCUGCGGCACGGGCGCAACUGCGCUGUACUUGGCACAGCACCUGCAUGCACCGAUCAAGUUGUUUGCGAUUCCUUGUGUCGGCGAUGCGGCGUACUUGCAGCAGCAGUUCCGGCAGCUUGUCGAACAAGACCCGUCGUUGCACGUGGAGACAGCAGUGCUGCCGUGCGUGCUGCAGCCCACGAGGAAAAGUCGCUUUGGACGGCUGUGGUGGCCGCUGUACGACACGUACCAUGAAGUGCUGCAAGAGACCGGCGUGGACUUUGAUCUUGUGUACGGAGCUUUUGCUUGGCAUGCGCUGUUCUCAGACAAAGGUGUGCUGGAUCAAGUGCUACAGCGUUGCGGUUAUCCGUCAGAUGUGGCUACGAGAACGGCUGAGCACAAUUCCUCGGGCCAUACACACGAGCGAGAGCUGCUGUACAUUCACACGGGAGGCACGUCAGGCAAUGCCACGAUGUUAGCGAGGUAUGCGCGCAAGAACAGGCCCGCGCAAAGGGCAGGAUAUCAAUGA